CGCUCCUUCCUCCCGCAGCCCGCGCGCCAGGCCCCUCUCCAGAGGGCCGCCUCUCCAGAGAGGCGCGCGAGGGGCGUCCUGAGGGGGCUCUGCGGAUGUCCACGUGACGCCCCGUCCCGGGCCCGCCGGGAGUAUGGGUGUGCUCAGGGUCGGGCUGUGCCCUGGGCUCAGCCAGGAGAUGAUCGAGCUUCUGAGGAGCUGUGGGAUCAGGACAGUGGUGGACCUGGCCUCCGCAGACCUGGAGGAGGUGGCCCAGAAGUCUGGCCUGUCCUAUAAGGCCCUGGUUGCCCUGAGGCGGGUGCUGCUGGCCCAGUUCUCAGCUUUCCCCAUCAACGGCGCUGACCUCUAUGAGGAACUGAAGACCUCCACUGCCAUCCUGUCCACAGGCAUCGGCGGCCUGGAUAAACUUCUUGAUGCUGGUCUUUAUACUGGAGAAGUAACUGAAAUUGUGGGAGCCCCGGGUAGUGGCAAAACUCAGGUGUGUCUGUGUGUGGCUGCAUCUGUGGCCCACAGCCUACAGCAGAACGUCUUGUACAUUGAUUCCAAUGGAGGGCUGACAGCCUCACGCCUCCUCCAGCUGCUCCAGGCUAGAACCCACGAUGAGGAGGAACAGGCAGCAGCUCUGCAGCGGAUCCAGGUGGCACAUGCAUUUGACAUCUUCCAGAUGCUGAGUGUGCUGCAGGACAUCCGAGGCACCAUAGCCCAGCAGGUGUCUGGUGCUUCAGGGACGAUGAAGGUAGUAGUCGUGGACUCGGUCACCGCUGUAGUCUCCCCACUUCUGGGAGGGCAGCAGAGGGAAGGCUUGGCGUUGAUGAUGCAGCUGGCCCGAGAGCUGAAGACCCUGGCCCGGGAUCUCGGCAUGGCAGUGGUGGUGACCAACCACGUGACCCAAGACAGGGAGAGUGGGAAGGUUAAACCUGCUCUCGGACGCUCCUGGAGCUUUGUGCCAAACACCCGGGUACUCCUGGGCAUCCCUGAGGGAGCAGGAGCAGCAGGCAGCAGGCGGCGCACAGUGUGUCUGACCAAAUCCUCUCGUCAGCCGACAGGUAUCCAGGAGAUUGUGGACAUUGGUUCCUGGGGGCCUGCGGAGCUGGGGCCAGCAUUACAGGAGGAGCAGACAUGACAGUGGCUGUGGACUGGGACGUAGGGGUGCACAUGGAACCCCUCAUAGUACGUGCUGUUUACUCAUCCCUUGGGACUGUUGCGUUCUCAGGCUGGCCAGAGCAGAGAACACUGUCUCUCCAGGGCUACAGGCCGCAGUGGCGGCUGCUCUGCGAGGCCCGAGGAUCAGACUCCCUCCCUGGUCCCAGAGAAGCCCCGUGAGCAAUUCGGAGCAUCUCUGGAAAGGCACAUUAAUGACUGGCUGGAUCAGCCUGAGUGUCUCCGUCUGACCCUACACUGCGUUGUAGCGCAGUGACCCAGCCAGGAGGCCUGCGGCUUGCCAACCUUGAUUCCGUCUCACUGUUAUUUUUUUGGGGGAAGUGGGGAAUGAGCCUGGAGAGUGCAGUUAGGGGGGGACUCUGUGUUUGGAUCAGUAAGUCGGGCUCCCUUUGUGUUCCCUUAGUUACUGGGGAAAUAACCUCCUAAGUGCAAAACUUGUCUGUGUCCUGCUCUCGAAAAUAGAAAAAGGAACUUCACUGAGCUGAUGUCCCUAAAAGGUGGUUUUUCCGCAAGGUUACAAAGAAUGGUUAUUCCUCUUCUCUUUUUACUGGUUUGGUUUCACAUACCUGCAAGUGUCCCCAUGACCGGGUGGGAAUGUGAGCUUGCAGCAGUCCCAGGGAUAUAAGUUAACAGGGAGGGAAGCUGUGAACUCCCCGUGAAUCCAGCCUUGUGUUUAAUAUGCAUGGUGCCCCAUGGGGCCCUUCCACAGGAUGGAGUAAGCAAAGGUGCUGGACCGUGGCCUGGCCCGCAAACGGAGGGGAAUGCUCAGUCAAGCCAGCUGGGAAGAUUGAUGCUGGCAUCAAUCAUACAUGGCAAACCUAGUCCGUUAUGUAGAAGCUCAUUGCUGGUGGCUCUGAGAUGCAAUAUAGCUGCACCUUUUCCUGCCAGCUAUCCCACAGCCUCAUGCCCCAGUGUGUGAAACCAGCCUCCUGUUAUCAGCACUGUGGCCAUCUGUCCAGCAGUGAUUACCCCAUCUGGGAGGGGAGUGCAGAAUAAAAGACAAAGUAAACAAAUAGUUGGAGUUGCUUACUGCCCAUAUA